AUGGGUUGGGGUGUACUCGAGAGUUCCCGGGCGGCAUGCCCCAGGGGCACGUCCAGAGUAGGCGUCAAGGACACAAGCGAGGACAAGGUACAAGAGCUGGAUACUUCGAAGAGGUCGGGAGGCGUCGUACUUGCACCACAGCCUAGCGAUGAUCCAAACGACCCUCUCAACUGGACCCUCAAGUGGAAAGCUCUCCAUCUAUUUGUCCUUUGCUUUGGAUCUGCCGUAACCAAUGCCCAAACUACCAUGCUGACUCCUGGACUGGAGCCCCUCACCGAACAGUACAAUAGUAAUGGGGGCGACAUUUCCACAUGGGUUGUUACUGCACCGACUUUCUGGACCUCGUUCGGUGCUUUCAUCGUAGUUGCAGGGUCAGAUGUUUGGGGCAGAAGGCCAUUCUACGUCUACAGCGUCGCAUUGCUCGCCAUCGCCAACUUUGCUGCCGAGAUCUCCUCGACCUUCCCUAUGCUGGCUAUCGCCCGUACUGCCGGUGGCCUCCUCUCCGCACCUCUGUUCACGCUUCUCACCGCCACCAUUGCCGAUUUGUUCUUCCAACACCAGAGGGGUCGAUCUAUUGCCGUCUGGAACGUUCUGCUCAACUCUGGAGCUCAGGUUGGUUCAGUCUUUGCCGGUUUCGUCACUGAUGCCUUUGGUGUGUCGGCCAACUUCCUCAUCACCGGUAUCCUCUACACCGCACUCAUUCCCGUCUUCUACUUUACCAUCUUCGAGUCGGCCUACUUCAACCGCAAGACUGACGACGUCACGACCAUUAAUGUUAAGGCCGACAAGCUUAGCAACGAAUGGGACCAGGAGGAUCUCAAGGCUUCUGUGCGACCUGAGAAAUACACCUUCAAGCAGAACCUGGCCAUGUCUAGAGGCCGUCUCUCCAACAAGUCCUUCUUCAAGGGCAUGGUCAAGCCCCUUGGUCUCAUUACUUCGCCCAUUGUCAUCUACAGUUGCUUCCUCAACGCUGUCGUAUUCCUCUUCCUCGUCGGAGUGUCCACCUUCAUGUCUAUCCUUCUGUCUGCUCCCCCAUACGACUUGACCCCUAGUCAAAUUGGUCUCACCAACCUACCCGUUUUCGUUGUCGGUCUAAUCACCGGUCCUCUGUUCGGUUGGAUGUCUGAUGCUUCAGUCGCUUUCAUGGGCCGCCACAACGGCACCAGCAAGGGCAUGGCCGAGCCAGAGUUCCGUCUAGUUCUUCUUCUUGUCGCGACUCCCAUUGCCAUGGUCGGUCUGCUCGGUCUCGGCCUGGCGUUCCAGAACAACCUCAAGUUCGUCUGGAUCGUUGUCUGGAUGGUCGUCACCAACGUUGGCAGUCUCUCUGGUAUCCAAAUCGCCAUCUCGUACGUCAUUGACUGCCACCCGGAACACUCGGCCCAGGCUUUCGCCACCAUCAACAUCAUCUCCGCUGCCAUUGUCACUGUCGGCAUCAACCCCAUCAUUGGCAUGCUCGACACUGUUGGACCCUUCUUCGUCUUCGCAUCCAUGGCCGGCGUGGCCGCUGUCGUUACCGUAAUGGCGCUUCCCAUGUAUGUGUUUGGAAAGAAGAUCCGAGCCUGGUACGAGCAGGCGCCCUGGGCCCAACGCCUCCUCGACUAA